AUGGUAAGAACAAGAGCACAGUCGAGGGAACCAGAGCCUGGCUGGAACAGUGGCCGGCCCAACAUAUCCAGCCGAACCAGAUCUCACUCGAAAGGAUCGCAACAGAAGAACACAUGGCGAGGUCCGAGACAGCAGGGCGCCUCCCGUCUCAGCCACAUUCAACAGGCGCCGUCGUCACCUGCAACUCCUCCCGCCAGACCGCAAACAGAUGGGAGACCACCGAGUCCCACAGAAUCGGAGGGACCCGAGUUCAACCAUCCAGGAGGCGUGCCCAAAGAAGCGAUUGACGCCGCUAGAAAAGAGUGUAGGUCGAUUCGUCCUCAAGGAUUUAAGAAUAUAGCAGUGGUCAAGGGUAAAAGGCACAAAUUUGUCUCAUGUUAUCGCAAUGCGGUGCUUCUCAUGUUAUUCCACAGCAACAGACUUAUGUCUUGGAUUCAGCACCGGCAUAUACCAAAUAUCGAGGCUGCUGGCCUGAUGGUCAAUACCCGCCGCAGUCGCGCUCAUUCCGAAGAUGGCCCAGAGCCCGCAUCUGUCGCUAUCCCGUAUACAGAUGUGUGGUGUGAACUCUAUGAAGUCUACAAAAUUUAUUCCACCAAGCGCGACCGCAGUCUCCUGGAGGAGUACAUGCGGAUAUUCUGGCAGUAUCUUGUCGACGAGCCUCUUUUUGUCAGCUCCGGAUAUGAACCUUGGGAUUUCAAAAUACAACAAGAUGCCCCGGAAUUCUUGGACCGGCUCAUCAAUUUGAGCAUCGACCAGGUACAGAGUUUCUUGAAGGACGCGCAAGAAAUGCACCCACGUGACCCUCGACUGGAGGGAGUCGCAAGUCUGCAGGAAACCAGCAUUCAUGAGAUGAUUUUGAUAUCUCAAACAAAGCGCCGCCGUUGCUUUAGAUGCCGAUCUGCGCGGAAUGUCAAAAUCAGAAUGGAAGAUCUUGAUUACUUGACGAUUUACCCAAUUCCACUGGCAAACGCGGGGAGAGCUAAAGCCUUCGAGAACGAUCAGGCCAAGGUGGUGACAUUGGAAGAGUGUCUUCUCAUGGAUUCAAAGGGCGAACUGCAAGGCUGGCAUUGCGACAAGUGCAGCCUUGAAUGGAAAAAGAACAAGGAUGAGCAGGUUCAGCAAACGCGACUGAUGGAAGACGAGGAGAAAGCCAGAGAGCUUGAGAACCAGCUCGAUGAAGAAAAAUCCAACCUCAGCACGGACUUGUGGAGGAGAUGGUGCAGACUGCCAGAAGUCCUGUUCUUAUCACUUAACUGGGUCGCAGAUGCGCAUGGGAGCAGCAAGCUGGACAUCAAAGUCAACAUCCCCGAGACUCUCGACUUGGAGUUUUUGCUUGAGAAGCGCAUACCAGGGCGUCAGUCCACUCAGUAUCAGCUCGUGAGUAUUGUGAGCCACCAUGGUGAUCCCGAUUCCGGACAUUACAUUGCAAACCUAUUUUACGAUAAAACUCGGACAUGGUACGAAGUCGACGAUGACAGGGUUGAAGAGGAAGAUUUCGAAGACAUACUCAAGCAGCAAGAUGAUUGGACGCCGUAUCUUCUCAUGUACGAAAAGAUCGUCGACAACGAAAACGAGUUCAGCAAAGACAAGGAGGACGAGGAUGUGAAGAACAACAAUGACAACGACGACAAGGUCGUCUGCCAAAGCUGUGGAUGCAAGUGUCAGCGUCGUCCACUUCCCCCUUCGUUGACCGUCCUUCCUACUUGUCGGUUACAUGGGCAAGAGACAGAACUCCAACUGGCAACCACAGACAUGCCUCAGCACAAGGAGUUGUUCAUCGAGGUGGUCGCCAAGAUUGACGCCUACGAGAUCAAGUUCCCGAAAUACGGUCUAGACAACUUCACCUUGCAUCAAAAGAGCGAGCCUUAUGCAUGUAUUGUGCUUGAUGUGGAGGACCACGGAAAUCGCACUGCUCAAGUCAAGGGGAGUGCCACGGUGACUAUCGGGAAGAAGACAAAAGAGUCUGGAACAGAUGCCUGUGGCAAACGUAAGUGGACUCCCGAUAGUGAUGACGAGGACGACGCAGGACCUGGUAGCAGUCCAAAGCAGAAGCGGAACAGCGACCAGGGUGGAGAGGAUGCCACUCAGAAUACCACUGGCGAUGGGGUCCAGGGAGACCAGCAGGAACCGGAAAGUGACCUGACCGGCGAGGGAACUGACCAGGGACACGAGCAAGGACCUGGUGACCCUCAAGCGGAUGAGCUCGAUGACGAAGCUGGCGCGGCGAAGGCUUCCUGGGAUGGGCAAGGGAAGGAUUACGAGGACACAGAAAUCAUAGAGUCGCCAGCGGAAAUCACCCCGGAUGCUGCCGUCGCGAACGGCAACCAGAACAAAUUCUCCCCGCCGUCCACCCACAAUUCUCUAUGCGACUAUGGCAGAGACGAAGAUGGCCAGAAUCCUCGAAGAAGCCCCAACGCAAGUCACAAUAUUACCUUUGGUGGAGAUGGCACCUACGAUCCUCCAAGCGGCAGUGGACCGAGUACAAGGUCCACCAGGGGUGCCACCUUUCCCCGAUACCCGGCUUCAGCCGUAGCUCGAAUUGAAGAGCCGCAGCUAAACAAGACGGGAGCGUGGAUGUCUCUGAACUCUCGAUAUCAAGCGCAUAUGCAACAGUUCUUUGACGCCAUCGAUGCAGUGCACACCAAUGAAUUGUCCAAGGCUUCUCAAGCUUACACGGAGCUCUCGGACAUGUACUUGCGGAUGGUCAGAGCUGGAGCUGCAGACACGAAUCAGGAACAUUGGGAUCAAGACCAUGAACGUCGGUGUCGCCGGAGUACGGUGAGAAACGAAUUACCAAGAAUGGUAUCGAGUCGUGGACAGAAACGUCCGGCCCCACAAAGUAACGUCGAUCCAACGCCCCAGCCACGAGGCAGGUGCACGAGAGUGAGUUAUAUCAUGUCGAAGGACGACAGCAACAAUGUCAGAUACAAAGAUCCCUUCAAGACAAUCCAUGAUGACGCUCCUGACAGGCCGAUCUAUCUCGACGGUGCAGUUGACACUCCCGACCCCAGCUGGAAUCAAAAGUUCCCCGCACGGUCCCAGCCCAAAUCCAAAGUGCAGGAAGACAAGGCCAUGGUGAUGGAGAGCGACCAUGAUGAUGGGUCCAGAGUCGCAGCCACAGACGACUCAUGCGUCCCCGGAUCUGACCUUGACGCGGAGAAUGAGAGUACCGUUGUCACCGAUACCGAUGCCGGCGCAGCCAUCAAUGAAGAUGAAGACGAAGACGACAAUCGACUUGAAUAUGAACAAUUUUUCAAUAAAGAUGGUGAAAGAUCUACAUUCUCAAAAAGAAAGAAAGAAGCCGUGAUGAAAGACAGGUCGAAGAGGUCGUGGCUACAGGGGUUCAGGGAGAUGGGGACCCGAUGGGGUGUAUGA